AUGGCGGGGAGGAGGCCGCCGGGCCGCCAGGGCCUGCUGCUGGGGCUGCUGGUGGCUGUGGCUGCGGUGCACCUGGCCGCCUGCCCCUACACCAAGGUGGAGGAGAGCUUCAGCCUGCAGGCCGUGCAUGACCUGCUCUACCACCGACUGGACCUGGACAAGUACGACCACCAUGAGUUCCCCGGCGUCGUCCCCAGGACGUUUCUUGGGCCUGUCUUCAUUGCCACCGCCUCCAGCCCCACUGUGUACCUGCUCUCGCUGCUAGGAGCGUCCAAGUUUUACUCUCAGCUCGUAGUCAGAGGGACCCUGGGCCUCGGUGUCAUUGCCGCCCUCUGGACACUGCAACAGGAAGUACGGAGGCAGUUUGGGGCCACGGUGGCCACACUGUUCUGCUGGCUGACAGUCUCCCAGUUCCACCUGAUGUUCUAUUGCACACGGACGCUGCCCAACGUGCUAGCCCUGCCCGUGGUCCUGGUGGCGCUCACGGCUUGGCUGCGGCGUCGCUGGAUCUGCUUCCUGUGGCUCUCCGCACUGGCGGCCAUUGUCUUCCGGGCCGAGCUGGGCCUCCUCCUGGGCCUCAACAUGCUGCUUUCACUCCUGGGCCGGAAGGUGCCCCUGAGGAGGCUGUUGCGCCAUGCUAUCCCUGCCGGCACUGUCUGCCUGGGACUGACGGUGGGUGUGGAUUCCUAUUUUUGGCGCCAUCUUGUGUGGCCGGAAGGAGCGGUUUUCUGGUACAACACGGUUUUGAACAAGAGCUCCAACUGGGGUACCGCCCCAUUCCUGUGGUACUGGUACUCGGCCCUGCCCCGUGCCCUGGGCAGCAGCAUGCUGUUCGUACCGCUGGGCGUGGUGGACCGGCGGGCCCGGGGGCUCCUCCUGCCCGCACUGGGCUUCGUGCUUCUCUUCUCUCUGCUGCCGCACAAGGAGCUGCGCUUCGUCAUCUACACCAUCCCCACGUUCAACAUUGUGGCUGCCCGGGGCUGCGCCUACCUAGUGAACAACUACCGGAAGUCUUGGCUCUACAGAGCAGGCUCCCUCCUGGUGGGCGCUCACCUUGUCUUCAAUGCUGCCUACAUGGCCACCUGCCUCUACGUGUCCCACUUCAACUACCCGGGGGGCGUGGCGCUGCAGCGGCUCCACACGAUGGUGCCCCCCCAUACAGGUGUCUCUGUGCACAUUGACGUGGCUGCUGCACAGACAGGUGUUUCUCGCUUCUUGGAGCUCAACCCCGGCUGGAGGUAUGACAAGCGGGAAGACUUGCAGCCCGGGGCGGAGGGCAUGCUGGCCUACACACACCUGCUCCUGGAGGCGGCGCCCGCACCCCUGGCUCUCUACCGGGACUCUCACCGGGUGCUGGCCCACGUGGCAGGUACCAGUGGUGUGCGUCUGAACCUGACCCGGCUGCCUCCCUUUGACGUGGAUCUGCAGCCAAAACUGGUGCUGCUAGAGCGGGUACGAGGGCCGUCCUGA